AUGUCAACAAGUGAUCCAUCUACUGCAAUUGAUGUUGAUUUAACACGUUCGACAAAUGGAAUAUGGCUUGUAAAAGUACCAAAAUAUUUAUCACAAAUUCUUAGUGAAUAUGGAGAUGGUGCAAUAAAUGGUGAGGUUGGACGUUUAGUUUUACGACCACCAUCACAACAAUCCGGCAAGGAAGCAACAAAAAUGUCACCUGCUGCACGUACAAAAGAUGUUUCAUUUUGUCUUAAUGAUCAAAUUAUGAAAAAAAUAAAAGAAAAAAAUUCAUCAAAAGAUUAUACAUUACCACCACCAGAACAUCGUUUCUGUUUUACUGAUAUAUCUGAUGGUGUUCUUCGUACAGUUUAUUCUCGCACUAAAAAUCAUUCCAAUUCACCAACGCGUGAACAAAUAUCAGUUGUUGGUAAAGUUAUACGACGUGCUGAAAUUCGCCCAGUUGAAAAUGAACAAUAUAUGUCAAUGAAACGAAAACAUUUUGAAACAUCACAAGAACCAGCACGUAAAGCUCAGAUGAUAGAUAAGAUAGCGAAUGUUUAUAAACCAAAACGCGAUCAUGAAGCAAAUAUACAACGUAAAAAAAACGAAGCAACAACGGAAAAACUUGUACGAAGCCCAGAAGAGAUUGUUGUUGAUCGUAUAUUUGAAGCUUUCACAAAAAAUCAAUAUAUAUCAAUGUCAUCACUUCAAACAAUAACACAGCAACCAAGAAAUUUCUUACAACAGCUUGUUAAAAGAUAUUGUAAUUAUAAUAAUGCGGGACAUACAUAUGAAUUAAAACAACAAUAUCGACAUUAUGGUACACAAAAAGAGGAAAAAGAUGAUGAUGAUGAUGAUGAUGAUAUUGAAGAUGAUGACGAUGAUACUGAAGAUGAUGACGAUAACAAUAUAUAA